AUGGUUUUUUGCAACUCUGAAGACAGGGUCAACAUUAUAAUCGCAUUUAACUUCGUCCCUGAUGAUUUUAGAUCGCAGGCGAGCCCAAGCAAGAAUCCGAGUCGGGGCAGCAAAAAGUUGGUGGUGCGUGUCUGUGUGUCGCGAGUGAGCACCACGUGGUGCGCUAGUCCCGCCUCCGGUGAGGCCCUUCCCCCCGCUGCCAUUGGAGGCCGGGGUCACGUGGUGCCUGGGCCGGCGGCGUUGGCGGCGUGCGGGGCGCCGCGCGUCAAAGUGCCGGGGAAGUUGAAUGAGCGUGCACCUCCUCGCGAGGAUUACCUGCAAGCCGUGGCGGCCGCCGUCGACAACUGCUGGGGGCCGCUGGGGGCGGCCAUGGACCACUGCAACGAGACCGGCUUCAUCAACAGCCAGCCGUCGAUGGCCGAGUUCAUGACGCACCUCGCCGACCGACCGGACACGCCGCCCUUCCUCGAUGUUGCCGCCGCGCAGGCCGACGGCCGCGGCCUCAUGCAGCCGGCGGCCGCCGUGCCCGAGUACCCGUGGAUGAAGGAAAAGAAAACCACGAGGAAAAGCAGCGCCCAAGAGCUGCGUGGCAUUUACAUGGACAGUGAGACCGAGAAUGAGCCAGAAGACCACAGGCGCGGCUCAUCUGGACGCUCAAACAGACACAAAAAUGGCCUGCCGAGAAGAUUGCGCACUGCAUAUACCAACACCCAACUGCUUGAACUGGAGAAAGAGUUCCAUUUCAACAAGUACCUGUGUCGACCGCGGCGAAUCGAGAUCGCCGCCUCCCUAGACCUGACAGAGCGCCAGGUCAAAGUGUGGUUCCAGAACCGACGGAUGAAGCACAAAAGACAAACCGUGGGCAAAGGUGACGACGAUAAAGAGGGAUCCAAGGAAAAGGCCAAGGAGGACAAAAAGAGUUGCCAAAAUUGCGAGCUGCCCGGAGGACCCCUCACGUCUGGCAACAACAACAAUAAUUCUGCAAAAAAUAAUAACAGUAGCAAUGCUUUUAGCAGCAGCAGUUCCACCAGCAGCUCUUUCAAGGAAGAGGAUUCGCAGUCCCGUGAGAGUGGAGUUCUCACCCCUUCUAUCAAAAUGGCUGACGUCAUAAAGAUGGAAGUGAAGCACUCGCCGGUGGACGCAUCACCAAAAACGCCACCCGUAGACGCGCUGGCCGAACCUAGUCUGGGCAGCCUGACACCCUCAACGUCGUCGCCGCCUCACCCCAGCCCUGCGUAUCGCCACCCUUCGCCGUCCCCCGCCACUCUUCAGACCUCUCCAGCUCCGAACAAUGUCGUAGCUGCUCGCCGGAACUUCAAAACCACCCCCUACCGAGCAGACUACCCCUCAAGGGCUUACACCACUCCCCAGGGUCGAUUCCCUGGACAAGCGGCCCCCAUCCGGCAGCAGUACCCUUGCACCUCCGUUCAGGGUGAUUACAGGAGAGCCAACGGCCUGCACAACCCUGUGACCACCCCCAGGACGCAGCAAACGGCCACGGCAAGAUACUACCAGGCGGGCUACAACGCCUACUAUCAGCAGCAACAACAGCAGGAGGGCAGCACCUCCACCUACUACAACCAGGCCCAGCUUCAACAGCAGCAAAGGGCCUACCAGGCUCAGUACGAAGAAGGAUACCAUCACCAGCCACAAACCCAAACCCAAACGACCCAACAGGUGAACGGUCCUUACAACUACACCAACUCUGCCUACUACCAACAAAAUCAGCAACAACAGGCCUCGAGUGAAGCCCUGAGCCAGUACUACGAGAACUACCACGCCCACCACCAGCAGCACCACCAGGCGCAGUACCACAAGGCCGGCUCAACUUACUACGCCGCCUCCGCCGACCUGAUGCAAGGUGGCGAAGCCUCAAACAUCCCCAGCCAUUACGUUUCCUCGCCCGACACGUUCCCCGCAGCGGCCACGGCGGCUGCGGUCUCUACCUCUUUGCACCAGCAGCAGCCACAAAUGCAGACUCACGGGACGGAGCACGGCCCCCAGUUUCCGCAGUUCGCUGCUGCAGGAACUAGUACUUUUUACGAGCAGAGCGCCUCAACAUCGACGCCGGCAAUCGCUGCCGCGCCGCCAAUGGUGGCCAGUUCGAACAGCAUGGCGUCCGAGAACAGCAACAGUUCGUCUGAUUUUAACUUUUUGUCCAACCUGGCUAAUGACUUCGCACCGGAGUACUACCAGCUGAGCUGAAGAGUGUGACUUUUUGCCGCAAGUGAGAGAGAAAAACGCUCGAGCCAUACCAAAAAAUUAAGAUUUGUGUAUAGAUUGCAUCUUGAUAUUAUAUAUGAUGAGAAAAACAUGCGAAGGUGGACCGCAAACAAAAGUGGGACAAAAAGUUGUUUCUGGUUGAAUUUAUUAUUGAUUAUCGUGUCAGUGGUGUAAAUAUAUAGACGGAAUGAAAAAAAAUUAAUGUUUUUGUUAUAACGCAAUGAUGUCUCUUUAACUCUUUUUCUCUAAUGCUCUUAUCAAGUGGUGAAUCAGCCUAUCAAAGACACGAACACGCAACACACAUGCAUGCAUAAAGAAUUAUAAAAAAGUAAUUACCUAGCUAGAGGGAAGAAAUCUACUUUUAGAGAUAAAAUGCGCCUGUGUAUUAAAUUGAUAUUUACUACUACUUUGCUGCACCAAAGAGAGGAUCAUAAUGUUGUUGAUGUUACGCAAAAGUGAAACAAACGGCAUAAUAUUUCGCAUGCACCGCGCCGAGAAAAUUGCUUUACUGACGCGCGACGAUGAGAGUACGUACAUACUAAAAAAUGUAUAUGCAGCACCCCCACUACUAUUACGAAAAUAAAUGAGAA